AACUGUAAGCUCCACUCCCGGCGGAUAACCAGCAGUAGCCAUUCUUGAAGGAAAAAGAAAGGAAUGAAUUCUUCGUUGAUGCUACGUCGUUUCUUCUGUUUCAACGCAACGCCAUCAGCAGUAGCUUCUUCUUCUCCUAAGAAGAAGUCCCUCGUCUUUCUCGGCUCCCCUCAGGUUUCUACAACUGUUCUUGACGCGCUUUUCAAUGCAUCUUCAGCACCCAAUUCUAUCUUUGAGGUUGGAGCAAUUGUUACUCAGCCACCUACAAGAAAAGGUAGGGGUAAAAAGCUGAUGCCUUCACCAGUUGCUCAGCAUGCACUUGACAGAGGCUUUCCAACUGACCUCAUUUUUACGCCUGAACGAGCUGGAGAGGAUGCCUUUUUGUACAGUCUAAGAGCAUUGCAGCCUGAACUCUGCAUUACAGCAGCAUAUGGGAACAUUUUACCUACCAAGUUUCUCAAAAUUCCACUAAUAGGAACAGUCAAUAUACAUCCAAGUCUCUUGCCGCUUUAUCGUGGAGCUGCUCCUGUUCAAAGAGCAUUACAGGAUGGCGCUAAAGAAACUGGAGUAUCCUUGGCCUUCACUGUUCGUGCUCUAGAUGCUGGACCUGUCAUUGCCUGUGAAAGACUGGAUGUUGAUGAUCAAAUUAAGGCGCCUGAUUUACUUGAGUUGCUAUUUUAUAAAGGAUCCAAGCUUCUUGUUCAUGAGCUUCCCUCUAUUUUUGAUGGAUCGGCUGAGGAAAAGGCACGACCACAAGAUGAUUCUAAAGCUACUUUGGCUCCAAAAAUAACUGUUGAGGAGUCAUGGCUAUCCUUGGAUGAAGAAGCUUUAGUCCUACAUAAUAAGGUUCGUGCAUUUGCAGGGUGGCCAGGAACACGAGCUAAAGUAGCCGUUGUUGGCAGUCAAAAUAGUCAGCAAAGUAUAAUAGAACUUAAAAUCAUUACUACAAAAGUUUGCCAAAAUGGCAUCACCAACGACAACGAAAAGGAUGACAUCACUUUUUUAAAGGGUUCAUUGGUGAUUCCGUGUGGAAGGUCCACUGCACUUGAGGUAUUGGAAGUUCAGCUUCCUGGCAAGAAGGUGGUAACCGCAGCUUCCUUUUGGAAUGGUUUACGAGGUCAAAAGCUGAAGAAAUUGUAGCAGAUGAAGCAUUUCACUAGAUGGCUGCAUAAUUAGUAAGCAGAGUUCUGGAUAGGGAAAUUUUUUUGAUUCUUUGGCUCUGUUUCAUGGAAAAUUACUGUCUGAAAAAUAUUUUGAGGAAAAUUUUUUAUAAGAAAUGGCUUAUUUUUAUUGUUUGGUUGAGAUGUUAAAAA